UUGUGAGAAUAUGGGAAGACGGUACGCGGUGAAUUACACUAUGGUCGCUCGUGACCGAAUAGCUCCGUGUCUCAGUGUCUAGAAUAACGAUCAAGCUACGGUUGGUAUCAAAUAUAACUAAAUUUCUGCAUUUCUACCUGUUGUCGGGUAUCCGCUCUUGUUGUGAUCACGUCUCACGAUUCGGUGUGUUGUGACUUUGUGGGCAGAUCGUAUGUUUAGUCGGUUUCUAUCGCAUAUUAUAGUUCGUAAGUGUAACGGAAUUACGCGGAAUGAAAGGACACAAGUGAUCCAAUAGUGAAGUGCAUCAACAAGCCUGUUCGCUGGCCCUGUGUGUAAAGUGUGUCCAAGAUUUCCGUUUGUAAACACUCCACUUUUUAAAUUUUGAUUGCACAUGUUAUCUAAAAAUCGCCGGCGGUGUAUUUCAUUAUCCAAUUUUGUCUUCGUUUGUGGUUUCGUGCUUCAUCAGUGAUCAAAAUGGAUUAAAGAACCAGACUCACAUGAGUUAGAUCGCGUCCUAAUGGAUUAACUCCUAUGCAAUAUUGAGAAGGAAACUUUCUAAAGGAAGCAAAUGCACCGGUGACAUUAACUGACAAUAUGACCUCUCCGGUCCUGACGAUGAAGCCCCUCUUCAAUGAAAACGGGGUUUCCUCGCGGAAAAGUCGAAUCGACAUGGGGCAAAGCAGAUAUUUCUGUGACUGCUGUCCCUAUGGUUACCACAUAGACUUGGAUUUCGUCAGAUUCUGCGAGACCUACUCCAAACAAUCCUUCGACUCGCCGAGCAAACAGCGUCGGAGAGAGCGGAGGCGGAACCGACAGUCAAUGGAAGUCCUACUAGGAAUAGCCGAAGGAUCUGGUGUGCUUUCUAGUCCUAAUCUAGUUUCAAAUCAGAGGCCUUUAGCAUCACCGCAUGUCAGCGACUCGCUUCAAAAAGCUGUGCUGGACUUUGAGGAGGCGUUAGAAAAAUCCUCAAAUCGACUGAGCGGCAGUAGUCAAUGGACUGACACCACUAUUCCUCCACCUGACGGCUUUAAUGCUGGUCAGUGUUUUGACUACGAGAGUACGAGGGACAUAAUGUCACCCGGGGUGAUUCCUCUUUACCCAGCUCCAACGAUAAGCAAUGACUCGGAUAAUGCAAGCGCUGGUAGCAACACCUCUGCCACCUUACAGAAUAUCCGAGAGCAAAUGGCUACAAGCCUCGAAAAAAUGAAAGAACUUGAAGAUCAGGUCAAAGUCAUCCCAAAAUUACAAAUUCAACUUUCGCACCUGAAAGAGGAAAAGAAAAAACUCCUGCAACAGCUGCAAGAAAAAGAUGCUCAAUAUGCUCAGUUGAAAAUGCAGGAACUCCAGCUAUCGAAGGUCAAUGAGAUGAGGAAGCAAGAACUUCAACUGGCCAAACUCAACGAGAUUGACAAAGAUUAUUAUCAAAUCCUGAAAAAGAAUAAAGACAAUUGUAGCUUUGAAAAAGACAAAAAAGACAAAAUUAGCACCCGGGAAGUGGCUGUUUCAUGCACAUCUAUUAUGCGAGAUGUAGGCGUGAUGCAUUCUGGUCCUCGACUUUACUCUAUCUCAACCAAUACCCCAGUUAAAACAUUCAGCGUCAGUUCGAUCCAGCAAGAAGAAAUUCUACCUAUCCAGCAGAAAGAAUCAAUCAUAGACCGGCUCUCCAAGCAACUCAAUCCCAGCGUCGGGGUACAAGUUUCCUCCAAGUUGUCACCAUUACAAAUCAUUGAAAAACGAAGUAUCGGUGUCCAAGUUGUAGAAGAAGUCCGAAAAAGUCAUGCCUCCAUCCAAGUAAAAGUUGCCAAGUCAGAUGUUUCAGUUGGCAUUCGACCUCUCUUAAAAGAUACCGGUUCAUCAGACUGCACAAUUGAUGAAAUAAUGUGCGAGAAAUGUAAAAGUUUGAAGCAAGGUGUCGCUCUGAAUGCUCUUGGUAUGACGAGGAGUAAAUCAUUUGAUUAUAGUAAUACAAGUCCUAACCUAAAGCGACGGCAUCUAAUGAAGAAUGUUAGUUGCUCAACAGAUAUAAAAUUAUAUUCUAGAGGAACAAAUACAGAAAACCUAGCAAUGCUAGGGUUGAUACGGACUGUAUCCUGUGGCACGGAUGUCAAAACACAAAGUAGGGCUGUCAAUACUGUGCAACCAAAGUUGGAAAGAAGGGAAAUUGGUGUCAAUACAAAAGUGAAAAAGUUUGCCGAUGUCUCUGUUGGUGACUCGACGAAGAUGUCUCCAAAAAUUGAAAAUGGACCGUCUAUUUGUGAUAAAUGUAACUGCACAAUUCGUAAGGUAGCCAAUGACAUGUUGAACACAAAUAUUAAAGCCAAAUCUGAGGCUGUGAAAGUUGAGAGGCCAGGGUCUCUAAAAGUUGACAGAUCAGAGUGUGUAAAGGUUGAAAGAAGUGAAUCCAUCAAGUCAGAGAAAUCUCCUUUGUUGGUGUCGAAAAUCCCCAGACCCAAAGCAGCAUCUGCUUCAACUUCAGCAACCUCAUCACCAAAACCAACACGGAAAGUCCUUACGAGGCAGGAUACAUACACUAAAGUGUGCAUAACACCUCCCCUUCAGGAACCUGAGAAAUCGAGUCUGCCAAGUAUUUCCUCAUCUUCCAACCUUAAAUCAAAAUUAAACGCCUCGGAACCGAAUUUAAAUGCUGGCAGUGAUGGCUCAGACAUCGUAUCUCCAGUCAAUCAAGAGAGGUCUUUUGACUCUGAGGACCUGCUCUUCCAACCCAUUGAUGAAAAUAGAGAAAAAGCUUCGCCUAGUCCUGAAAUGAAAGGAGCCAUGAAAGUCCUGAACGAUCAUCUGAAGAAAGUUCCAAUUAACCAGUUACCUCAACAACUGCUUAAAAACGCUAUCAACAUUAUUCAACAAGAAUGGUUCAAAGUAUCCAGUUUAGCUGCAGCGAAUCAUCUUGUUGUAGAAGACUAUUUAGAAUGUAUUGAAGAAUAUUCAACAGCUUUACUGGAGUUUAUUGUCAAUUUGCGAGAUGCAUCGGGCAACACAGCCAUGCACUAUGCAGUAUCACAUGGUAACUUUGAUGUAGUAGCAGCGCUGCUCGACUCCAAAGUUUGUAACAUCAACAUGUUCAAUUAUGCCGGUUUCACGUGUUCGAUGCUGGUAGCUCUCACAGAAAUCAAAUCAGACACUCACCUUCAUGUUGUCAAGCGGCUCUUCCAACUUGCUGACAUCAAUAUUCGUGCCACUGGGAAUGGUCAAACUGCUCUGAUGCUGGCCGCGGCUCGCGGGAAGCUGGUCACAGCUCAACUUCUGGUCCAGUGUGGUGCUGAUGUAAACGUGCAGGAUAACGAUGGGUCAACCGCACUCAUGUGUGCGGCCGAGCUUGGUUACAUUGAUAUCGUUAAUCUUCUCAUCGCUCAGCCAGACUGUGAUCUGACAAUCACAGACCAUGACGGAAGCACUGCUCUGAAUAUCGCCAUGGAUGCAGGCCACCGGAAUAUUGGUGUUGUGCUCUAUGCCCAACAACACUUUGCGCGAGGAGCAUCUCCUUUUGCUGCUAAGGGUAAACGUUCAAAAAGUGCAACACCAGCUUACAAUCACACAGGUGCCUCACGACCAACCUCGUCACGAGCACUAACACCUCAGCACUCGCCUACCAAGGAAAAGAAAGGUCUCUAGGUGUGGUUAAGUAAAUUGUAUUUUUUUUCUUAUAGCUGAAGUGCUGAUGGAUUUAGAAAAUUUUAUACGCUGUGAAUGCGAUGUUUAAUCGAAGACAAAACGGAUGAAGUGGUGAGGUUUUUUCAGAUAUCAUUGCUUCAGGAAAAUUUGUUUGUCCUGUUUUAUUUUUCAGUCUUUUGACGAGGGCUGGUAUUAAUUUUUCCAAAUGCUGUGAGCCACUUACAGAGUGUAUGAUGAAUAACAUAUUUCUUGCAUUAAUUUGACCUGGUGAGCAUAAUCUGUGUAUCUUUCUAUGACGUUUUUCCUAUUUGAAUUAUCAAAUUUUUAAAAGCUGAUUCGUUAUGUACCAGACAACAUAAAAUUUAACAAAAAAAAAAAAAACUGAAAAAUAGAAAAUUAAAAAAAAAAAUAGAAUAAUUGGAAUUUAUCAAUCUAAAACUAAAAUUGAGAAUUUUUUCCUGGGGAAAAAAUUCUAUAAUUUUGGUCACUCAAUCUUUGUGCUCAAGGUGUCUUGCAAUAUUCCAAGAUGAAAUAGUUUUUUUUUAUUGCUCUACGUAAAUAUUGCAGUAUUGUUAUGCACCUGUUUGCUGUUGUGUGAGGUAUCAAGUGAAUGUUUAGAAUCUAAAUCCGAUAUUGUUUUUUUACAUAUUUUUCGACUUUUAACACGUGUUUACUGAAGAACAAACUCUGUCGUAAAAGUACCAUUUUUAUUAUGUUUUUUUGUUGCUUCUUAGCAAGGAAAAGAGUCUACAUUACACUUUUUAGAUAGAGUGAAUAUUGAAUCGUUCCCUGCAUUAUGGGUCCAUUCCUGUUUCUUGUGCCAUCUAAUUUUCGCUCAAAAAAAUUCUACGAUGACAUACCAUUCUGAAGUUAAGUAAGUCAUUUAGAACAUGAAGAGAGAGAAAGUGAUUGAGAAAAAAAGAGAAAUGCUGCUCUUUGAUGAAAUUUAGGUUUAAUAUAAACAACAAUACGUAUUUAUUUCUGUCUUUUCUACUGUGCGGCUCCAUACAUUUUUCUGCGCUCUUGUACUUUAUACAAAUUACAAAUUUCUUUUUACAAUCCUGUGAUUUCAAAUCUUUAGUUAGUUUUUUUUCUUUUUUCUUGCUUACAGUUAACUUAUUCAUAUUUUUUUUUUAAUCCUCUAUAGUGUAAAUUAAAAUAAUGAUAUUACCUAUUCAUGAUGUAAUGCUACCUUCAGAUAUUUUUGGGCUAGUGUUAGCUCAUGAAUAAAUUGAUUAUAUGCAUUCAAAAAAACAGUAAUAUAAUCUCUCAUCUUAAAAUCCAUCAAAUUGUGCUUUUUCCGGCAAAGUAAAUUACUAUAUUAAAAGAGAGCUAUAUUGAAACUGGAGAAUUUUUUGAAGUAUUUCCAUGUUUUCCUUCCUAUUGGAAGUUUCAUUAUCUUAAUCUGAAUUCUGAAUGUGAAUGAUGAAUUUUUCCCUGGCAAUCAUCAACUUUUUUUUACUUUUUAUGCAUUCGGAGUACUCCUUUCUUUCUUCUCCAGUUUUGAAAUUGUUUUGAUUGUUUCUGUGUUUGUAAUUUCUUCAGGGGAAAGCCACUCCCAUGCGAUCUGAUUGAAAUCCAACUUAAAUCAUUCUUUUGAAAUCUCUACCAAGUUAUUUACUCCCAUUUGUCCUCUUUAGAAGGAUUAUUUUCAGGUUUAUUGUCCUUGUUAUCACGAUUACACUGUAAGUCAAUUGAUCAUCCUCUUUUUUCAUACUUUUUCACUUAUUCUCUCAUAGUUAAAGCAUGUGUCGACUGUGAUUCUCUCAAACCAUAUAUCUCUGUUUGUUACUUCUACAGACUUCCUGUAUUACUCUCUUUUUUGAAUGAAAGAUUACUCAACGUCAAAUCUUAAAAACCUCUGCGAUUUGUCUUAUCUGUACGAAGAAAAUUCUGUCAAAACUUCAAAGCAGGAGGUUGAAUUUUUCUCCUUUUAAAAAAUAAAAUUGGAGGGAAGAUUUUAGAAUACCGCAAACUAAAUACAAGGCUUGGGAGUUUCAAUGCCCAUUUCCUUUUCGACUUGUCGAGAAUGGACUUGCCUCUGAUGUGUCCUGUCUUUCAUAACAUCAGGCUCCAGCAAAACUCUGAUUUCCAUUGAAUCCACCUCUUAAAAAUGCAGAUUUUAUCUGGAUCAUCAAUAAAUUUGCACCAUUGCUAAUCACAUGCUGCAUUGUGCUCAUAACACAAAUGAUUACAAAGGCAACAAGGUACCUCAUAAUAUUGCGCAGUGCCUCUAGAUAACCAGUCAGAGUGAAAAUUAGGAAUUCUUUAAGUGAGGCCAACAGAUUACCAGGCAAAAAAUGCUUCUUGAUCCAUCUCAUUCUGAGUAACUUUAGAAAAUACUCCAUCAGCGCAUUCAACUCUUUUUUUUUUUAGUUUUAAUCAUUUUAGAUAGGCUUUGAUAUUUGAACAUAUCAUGUAGAACUUCUUGGGAAUUCAAUUUCACUCACCAUUUUUACGAGUGUAAUUGCAUCCAACUGAUGAAAAUAUUCAAGUACCAUACCUUUAUUCAAUGAGCGUUUGUGAUUUUUAUAAAUCCUAUUUUCAAUUUGCCUAUAAUAUUUAUUUCGAUCCUUUUUUUAUUUUUGUAUUUUCAAUUUAUGGAAGUUGAUUUCCUAAUUUGACCUUGCCGUAGACCUAUUGAUUAAUGAUAGGUAUACAAUUUUUAUUUUGUGUAAUUUUACUAAACUAGUUUUUUAUAAUUUUAACUUUUACUUCCUCGGAACUUAUGUUUUCAACUGACUAUUUCUGUGAAAAUUAAUAUAUCUUCGAGUUUUAAGUCCAAUUUUUAAAAAGGGUCAAUCAAAUUUUAGAAUAUUAUAUCUAUUUCUAUCUUUUUCAGUUCAAGUAUGUACCUAAUCAAAAUCUCUCUCACCUCCUAAAUUAAUCAAAUCGACUGUCUAAUCAUUAGUUUUACUUGCACAUUAAAUAACUAAUUUUAACUUGUUUAAUUUUUUUCUUGGUAUCUCUUUUUAGCAAUCAAAUCUAAUGUUCAAUGGUUCUAAAAAGUAUAUCUUUUUUUUCUUCCGUUGUAUGAUGUUGUAAAUUAAGAUCAUAAACUUGAUUAACGUUGUUGAAA